AUGCUGGGUCCUAGCCUCCAUGGGGAGUUUCUGCGGCAUGCAGUUCUCCAGACGGUGGUGCCGCAUGCCCCUGAUGUCGAUAUCGAAGCAGCCUUGACCUCUGCUCUCGAAGAAGGCGCUGAUGAUCUCACUUCAGUUCUGAAGACUAUUCCUCAGCGCUCUCUCCUUUUCUUUGAUGAGACUGUCACGGUGCGCGUUGUCUUGCGGCUAUCGAAUUGCUCUGAAAAUGCAUUGAGAGCGCAUCUUCCCCAAUUGGAUAUUGGUCUAGACGCAUUCGUCUUCAAUCCAACCGAACCCGUGUCCACGGAGGCAUCGCCAACUACAAAGGACCUGGUCUUCUCGGGGGUUGUGAAUGACAACGAAGAACCGUUGGUUGUUGUCAAUAUUUUCGAGGGGGACGAGGGAAGUGGCAAUCAUGUCUAUGUCAUUUGGAAGAUUCAAGCAUUUCUCCGGCGUCCUCGAAUCCGUAUCCAACAUCCGAGCAUUGCCUUUUCGGCCGCCGCGACUUUGAACACAACGGCGGAAAUACCAGAACAAUCCCUCCAAGAAGAUGACUAUCUUCCGAGUGCUGUUCCGGCAUCUACAAACGUAUUGCAAGCCCUCUCGACAGACCCGUCCCUCAAAUCCGUUACCCCCUACCUGCCAGCAUCAAGGCUUCUUCGCGUGGUUCCUGCGACACAAAAGGAAGCUCCUGUUUACAAUAUAUGGCAGAAAAUUCAGAAUUCUAUUCGUAUUGUGCCGGCGGCAAGUGCAAGGAUACGCUGCUCCCGGCUCAAUACCUUUUCUAGUCGACCAACAACGAUUGCAAGCCUUGACUUGGAAGCGACACCUUUUAUAGGCUGCGAUAUUAUUUUCGACAAAGCAGACGUUGUUCUUUGCGAUGGACACGCUGAGAACUUAUCCAAUGUACCGGAGUUACAGCCUCCCAUCUUGCUACGCCCCAGAGAUGACGUUACGCUCAUGUACAAACUAAUUCCUGAGUACGGGCCGGAGGCUUAUUUCUCCACAACAGCUUUGGUCAGCAUGCUUGAUAUUUCCCUGGAAGGAGUGAUCAAGCUAUCCGACGAUUGUCAGCCGCGGAUUUCGAUGCAAUGGCGGACCAACGUGGAUUUCUCCACGCCGCUGAAUCCUACAUUUGGCGGGCCCAGCCAGACUCUACAACGCAACAACCGACCGGCCAGUUUGCCGGUGGCCCCUGGACAUAGCAGCUCUUCAUCUACAGGUGCAACAAAUCGCAGCUCCUAUCGAGAACGGGCUCACUCCAUUACCCAAGGAGGUGUCACCGUCUCGUUUUCCGGUCCUGCCACAGUCGAACUCGGCAAGCCGUUCCAGUGGGAUGUGUUUAUUGUCAACCGCUCUAUGGCUCCUCGGAAAUUUGCAAUGAUGGCGAUUCCACGCCGGAAGCGACUCGAUCCUCGUAAACACGUGGCGAGACCGUCAUCGUCGUCGGUGUCGAGUAGGAAGGAAGACCACCUGGCAGAGGCCGUCACGGACGAGAGCAUCAUCCAUGCUUUGCAGAAGAAUGCGGUCGGACAGGAUGCAGACUUGAUUUGUCUCAGCACCGAUCUUAGAAUAGGUCCCCUUCUUCCUGGGACUUGCCACUCUGCCGAGCUGGUUUUCCUUCCCCUAGCCACCGGAUCACUCCACCUCGAAGUGAUCCGGCUCGUGGAUAUGAACAGUAACGAGACCAUUGACAUUAGAGACCUCCCGGACAUCGUGGCUCUAGAAGGCAGCGCAUAA